AUGUUCAACAUAAUGAUAAAGACGAAGACAAUUUUCAUGACUUCUUUAAUUCUUGUUGAAGUUGUCACUGCAAUUUAUGAGAAUUUUUUUUGCUUUACGAAAUCUGACAAUGUUCGAAUCGAAUUAAAUCGAACCGCAAUCUACACCAAUGCUUUUAAAUUGUCAAGAUUCUCUCGUUUUUUAUUGGAAAAUAAAAUAAAUGUUGCAAUUUGUCGAAGGCUGAACGAUGAAGAUUUGCGUCAAUGUUCUAUGGAAGAAAUACUUUUAAUGAUAGAUAAACAUUUAAGUACAAAAAAGCUCUCGUUAAACUUUCAAGUUUUGAUUUCAUUAUUUUUUACUGAAACUCGUAUUGAUGACAAUUUAAUGACGUUGGUUUUAAAUUCCACAAAAAAACCUUCAUCAAAGCCAUGUGACAAGUUGUCAGUUUCUUGUCAUAGAUCUAAGUAA